AUGAAUACACUGUUCUCAUUGUUUCCAUAUAUCUCAUUCUGUUCAUCUAUCUAUCUAUCUAUCUAUCUAUCUAUCUAUCUAUCUAUCUAUCUAUCUAUCUCAAUUUCUUUAUUUCUAUCUAUCUAUCUAUCUAUCUAUCUAUCUAUCUAUCUAUCUAUCUCAGUUUCUUUAUUUCUAUCUAUCUAUCUAUCUAUCUAUCUAUCUAUCUAUCUCAAUUUCUUUAUUUCUUUCUAUCUAUCUAUCUAUCUAUCUAUCUAUCUAUCUAUCUAUCUCAGUUUCUUUAUUUCUUUCUAUCUAUCUAUCUAUCUAUCUAUCUAUCUAUCUAUGUAUCUCAAUUCCUUUCUUUCUAUCUCAGUUGCUAUCUAUCUAUCUAUCUAUCUAUCUAUCUAUCUAUCUCAUAAUGUUUACGGCGGCGUUCUCCAAAGACCCGACUAUGACUAUGCAAUGCAAGAACCGGUCGACAAGAAUUGCGACGGGGCUGAACAUGAAAAGACGUGCUCUUUGAAAUUGGGUAAUGAUGAAUUUUCCUACUUUGAAAUGACCCCUGAUCAAGGUUGGAUAAGCCGUUCUUGUCCAGAAGGAACAGCAUUUAGCAUUGAAGAUUGCGGCUGCUCUAUUUCGCUUCCCCAAGAGGCCGCUCAGUCCAGCAGCAGCAGCAGCAGCAGCAGUAGCAGUAGCAGCAGCAGCAGCAGUAGCGAAGAAGAUGAAAACUGUGAAAAAGCAGAACCCGUACCUUGCACUAGAAAAGCCGGUGAAAAUAGCAAGACCUAUUUGCAGUUUGUGGAAGGCAAAGGCUGGAUUGAACAAGCCUGUGCCAAGGGAACUGCUUACAGCAACAAGGAAUGUGCGUGCACAAUCUCUCUACCCCAAAGUGAUAUCAGCGAGAGCAGUAGCGAAGAGGACUGUGGAACAGCCGAACCAGCACCUUGUACCCGAAAACCAGGCAAUGAUGUCAAAUCCUACCUUCAGUUUGUGGAAGGCAAAGGAUGGAUCGAACAGUCUUGUCCCAAGGGAACUCUUUACAAUGACCAAGACUGCGCAUGCACCAUUUCUUUGCCCCAGGAAGAUAUCAGCAGUAGCAGUGAGGAGGAUUGUGAAAAACCAGAAGAUGCCCCAUGUACACGAAAAACCAGCCAAGAUUAUGAUCAUUAUUUGCAAUAUGUAGAAGGCAAAGGAUGGAUUGAACAGUCUUGUCCUAAAGGAACGCUUUACAAUGAAAAAGACUGCGCAUGCACUAUUUCUUUGCCCCAGGAAGAUAUCAGCAGUAGCAGUGAGGAGGAUUGUGAAAAACCAGAAGAUGCCCCAUGUACAAGAAAAACCAGCCAAGAUUAUGAUCAUUAUUUGCAAUAUGUAGAAGGCAAAGGAUGGAUCGAACAGUCUUGUCCUAAAGGAACUCUUUACAAUGAAAAAGACUGCGCAUGCACUAUUUCUUUGCCCCAGGAAGAUAUCAGCAGUAGCAGUGAGGAGGAUUGUGAAAAACCAGAAGAUGCCCCAUGUACACGAAAAACCAGCCAAGAUUAUGAUCAUUAUUUGCAAUAUGUAGAAGGCAAAGGAUGGAUCGAACAGUCUUGUCCUAAAGGAACUCUUUACAAUGAAAAGACUGCGCAUGCACCAUUUCUUUUGCCCAAGGAAGAUAUCAGUAGCAGCAGUGAGGAGGAUUGUGAAAACCAGAAGAUGCCCCUUAGCAGCAGUGAGGAGGAUUUGAAAAAAAAAGAUGCCCCUGACAAGAAAAACCAGCAAGAUUAUGAUCAUUAUUUGCAAUAUGUAGAAGGCAAAGGAUUCGAACAGUUUGUCCCCAAUGAAAAAGAAGAUUCUUUGCCCAAGGAAGAUAUCAGUAGCAGCAGUGAGGAGGAUUGUGAAAAACCAGAAGAUGCCCCCUGUACAAGAAAAACCAGCCAAGAUUAUGAUCAUUAUUUGCAAUAUGUAGAAGGCAAAGGAUGGAUCGAACAGUCUUGUCCUAAAGGAACUCUUUACAAUGAAAAAGACUGCGCAUGCACCAUUUCUUUGCCCAAGGAAGAUAUCAGUAGCAGCAGUGAGGAGGAUUGUGAAAAACCAGAAGAUGCCCCCUGUACAAGAAAAGCCAGCCAAGAUUAUGAUCAUUAUUUGCAAUAUGUAGAAGGCAAAGGAUGGAUCGAACAGUCUUGUCCUAAAGGAACUCUUUUACAAUGA